GGGCAUAUGAGCACUAAGCAUUGCAUUGCAAGUUGGGAAAUACGACAGAUUCCACGUGAGUUUUUUUGCGACAUACCUGAAUAAAGUUCCAAGUCCAUGAAAGAAAAAAUGUAAUCUUUUGAGCUGUCGUCAGAAUGACUUCAAGUCCCAUAAUGCAAGACGAGGAGACGAGAAGUACCCAGGCAAGGGUGGUGAUUGAGCUAAGGCAGUUCUUCAGUUGUGCAGUGGAGUGUGAGGAUGGGUCGUUAGAUGUUUCAGCAUAGCCUGCUAACUACCACAACGCAGAAGUUCACAAACCAGACAGGAUGUCUCACUGCAAAUCCACUGCGUCUGCAGAUGGGGGGAAUCGGAGGCGCAGGACCACAACGGAGGGCUCAGAUCCCCACUGGGACCCUGAGUGUAAAGCUCACCGCCGCAACUCCCUCUGUGACCGAUUGUGCGUGCCAGCCAUUCAAUCGGACGUGACCCAGACUCCCUCCCCCAGUCCCUCGCAUGUGUUUGGGCAAUACACGCCAAAAGGCCUGUCAGUGCCCCGAGGAUGCUCUAUGCACUCACGGUGCAUUGAUGAUGUCUGGCUGGAGGGCAGCUGCAGGACCACCAUCCGAGCUGAGAACGAAGUGGAGGCCAACAAAGAGGCCAACAACUACAGGUUUGGUUUUCGGAAGUGGAAGAGUCACGUGACUGAGCGACCCAUUGAGGACCAGUCAGAUGUAGUCAAGGAACUCUACUCUGAGCUGAGCUUCAUCAAGCCAGACACAGGCUCUCCUAUCAGUGUUGGGAAUAUAGUAUACUUGUUUUUGUUUGGCUGGUGGAUCUCUUUAGCAUACUUUCUUGUUUGUGGCCUUAUGUUCAUCAGCAUCAUCGGCGUCCCCUACGGGAAGCUGUGUUGGAAAUUGGCAUGCUAUUUUCUGUGGCCAUUUGAUAAAGCAAUUCAAAAGACAAGUAGUCUGGUUAAAAAGUGUUGUUUAAAGUUUCCUGACUGUGAAGCCAUCCCAGAGGAGGAGUCGGCAGAGUCGACACCCCUGAUGAAAUCCUCUUCCUCUGUGGCAGUUGAGCCCCCUGUCCUGCCACAGCAACUACCACAGAAGCCCAGAUUCUGGUGUCGGUUCAGUACCUACGUCUGGCUGCUACUGGGCUAUCCUCUGCUGGCUCUGGUGCACUGCCUGGCCUGCUUCCUCGCCUGGCUCCUGGUCUUUGCCAUCCCUGUGGCCAAGAUGAAUGCUAGGACCCUGAGGAGAAUCCUGCUCAUGCCCCCAGAGGAAGUCCAUGUCCAAAAACUAGAAAAGCAAAGUUGUGAGACCAAAGUGCUGCUGUGCUGCUACCAUGCUUUCAACUGGAACUACUACAAGUACAAAGUGGAUGGCAUCAAUGUAUUCGCUGUCAACCUACUCCCUCUGGUGAUAGUCACCAUUGUGAUUGGCUACGUUGACAGAGAGGGCAAUUAUGUCAGCGCCGAGGCUAAGUUUACCUUAGCUGUCAGCUCCAUCAUACCUUUAUCCUACUACAUUGGUAUGGGCAUUGCCAGCAUCUCGGCUCAGAGUAACUUUGCAGUGGGCGCAGUGGUGAAUGCCACAUUCGGCUCAAUCACGGAGAUGACCUUCUACAUCACUGCCUUACUGGAGGGGCACCACGAGGGAAACAAGUGCUAUGAGGAAAUCGUCAAGGCUGCACUCACCGGAACCCUGCUGGGCUGCAUCCUCUUCAUCCCUGGGAUAUGCAUGAUUAUCGGGGGCUUGAAGCACAGUGAGCAGCGCUUCAACAGCCGCUCUGCCGGGGUCAGCUCCUCCCUCCUCUUCAUAUCCGUGGGAGGUGUGUUUGCCCCCACCCUCUUCUCUAAGGCCUACGGCAGGCUGGUUUGUGAGGGCUGCUCCAUCACCCCUGGCAACAUCACCGGCCCCUUCUCCUGCAAGAACUGCCACUAUGACCUGACUGAAAACAAUUGGUCCUUGUUUCACGGUCAUAUUGAGCCUCUGGUUUACACGGUCUCAGUCCUGCUGCCAGCAGCGUACCUCAUCGGUCUCAUCUUC